AAUAUCCUUUUCUGCUUUGAUUAAUUACAGCUGUGAAUACGUCAAAAAUAUGAUUAUACGGAUUCCAAAAUAAUGAGUAUUGAAAUUAUUAUUGUAAAUAACCUUAAGCCGAAACUAACUUCAGAGACACUGUUAAAGGAAACCCUUAAUAUGUGGCCGCUUCCACCAAAGAAGGAUGGAUUUUCUAGAAUGUGUGAGACACCCUCUCAAAUGAAUUUCAAUAAAAAUCUCUGAAAUUAAGUUUGACGUUGAUCGGUUGGUAAACCAAAAAGUAGAAUACAAAUGUUGGCGAUUUUUCCAGCUUUCCAAUUUUCAAAAUGCUGCUUCUUAUUCAAUUGAGCAGCCAUUCACCGCGCUUUGUCUAAUAUGCUAUUCACAGUAAACGAUGCAUUUUAUAAACAGAGUAACAGCCCUGUCUGUAUGGCUUACAGGUGCCAAGACAUAUAAACAAAUCCAAAAUAGUAUUACCAAUAACAUCUUAUAAUGUCAGUUGCAUUUAUAUGCAGGACUUGCGGCAAACAGAUUGACCGUCUCCAUGCCAAAAACCUUUUCGCAGAUAAGGGCGAUGAGAUUCUAAAGAAAAUACAAGCGCUCACUGGCAUUUGGUUAACAGAUGAGUUAGAUAUGCCAGGAAAGAUUUGCGCUUACUGCCUGUUAGACUUGGAGCAUGCCAUAGCAUUCCGAGAGCGCUGUAUAAAAACCAACACCAUGUUGAUGCGUCAAAAUUUGGAAAGGAAGCAGAUCGACAAAAAAACUAGUUGUCCAUUUGUCAAUGACAGUGAUCCGCUAUCAAAUGAUAAAAGUGGACUUAUUGAGCUCGAGGCUGGAGAAGAACUGAAUUGUGAUGCAACAGGCUCUGCAUAUGCCCAAAGGUCGCCACAGAUCCCUCCCAGAAUUUCACGCGCUUCGAUCCCAAAAGCUGUGCCAGAUAUUCAUUGUAAAAUUACAUCUCAUAUUCCAGCCCGGAAAUAUUUUUGUAGACAAUGUGGCAUGUAUUUUGAUGAUAAAUCCAAUUUGAGCCGACACCGUCAAAGGCACUUGAAUGAGACGACAUACGAAGAAAAUAUGUUUCAGACCGCCUUCGACUUGGCUGAGACUGUUUUUGAUAAUGAACAGUCUUCUUUGCCAAUUGUGCCUGCUAGCCACAACUCUUACAGAGGAUUGCAGAGCUCCAGCCAGACGCAUGAAACAAUUAAACCAUCGAAAGCGAAAAAGAGCGGAGCAAGUGGCAGCCAAGAAGAGAGUUCGCCCAACAAAAGAAUUCGAAGGUUGGGAAAUUAUUUUUGUGAUCAGUGCGGCAGGCAUUUUAAUGAUAAGGCCAACCUAAAUCGACAUCUGCAGCGACACAUGGGAGUUAAAAAAUUUGAAUGCCCGGAAUGCGGACACAAAGAUUAUACGCAGCAUUUAAUCAAUUUGCACCAACGUAUACAGCACCAGGGCGAAAAGCCGUAUGCCUGUAAAUAUUGUGGCGAACGUUUUGCGAACAGCAUGGCACGUUUACGACAUCAACGAAGCCACAUGGAGUACUUGGAAUCGAGUGCAGAGGCGCCAGCCUUUACCUGUAAGUUAUGUAACAAGUCGUUUAGAAAGAAAAGCAUCUUGGAUACUCACGCUGUCGUGCACACGGGGGAACAACCUUUCUGCUGCGAUAUAUGCAAUGUGUAUUUCAAUCGGAAGUCAAGCUUACGUGCUCAUUACCGCUCGAAGUUUCAUCAGACAAAUGCUACGCUAAAACUAGACAAGACUGGAGUUGAAUCGGAUUAAAAAAAUUGAUAAUUUUAUUAACCAAUUGCCUGUUUGUUAUUCAAUUAAUUUUCCCGCCAGUUAAUCGGUUAUCGGUAAUUUAAAAAAAUCUAUCGCAUAUCGAUUACACACUGCAGGGCUAGUAGUUGUUUGCCAACCCUGGCACUAGGUCUGCAAUGCGACGUCACAAAUAAAAAUAAAUUAUAGUAAAAUGAAGUGUGCGGUGCAAAACUGCGCCAACAAGUUCAAGUCAAGACAAAAACACUCCCAGCAAUUGAGUUUCUUUAGCUUCCCCAAAAACCCGGAAAUAUUAAAAAAAUGGGUCUCGUUUUGUCGCAAAUACAACAAAGAGAAACUUAAGGCUCCGCUGAAGAGUGUCAUUUGCAAUGAGCACUUCAAGGAGGAGGAUAUCCAAGGAGCAUUACAAUUUCAAAUGGGCCUGUGCUCAAAGAGAACGCUGAGACCAGGAGCCGUGCCUUGCAUCAACAAAAACGAUGAAAGCGCAGUUGAACGAGAGCGAUCCGAAAAGCGAAAGAACAAGAAGUUGGUCGCCGAGCUGUUGGAGGAAGCGGCUGCGCGAGAAGCAGCUGAGGCCAGCGGAGCAAUUGUCAUAGCGCCAGACUUCAUUCGAAAUACUGGCAUUGUCUCUGUGCCCGACUUUGUGAGUGCUACGGGCAACGCCUUCAUUCCAUUUACGCCGACGCCCAGUGAAAGCGAUCCUUUGGCAGAGGAAAGGGCAGAGUUUGACUUGUGCACAAAAGGUAGCGACAAUAAUGAAAGACUAACUGAUCAGAUAAGAUGUCGCACCUGCUGUAGACUCUUCGUUGUCGAUGAAAAUACUAAGGAUCUGUGCGAUGAACAAAAUGCCGUCAUGUUAUAUCAUAUCGAAGUUAUAACUGGCAUUUGGGUCCAAUGCAAGGAGGGAAUGUCACCGUACAUGUGCUCCGGAUGCGUCAAUAAUCUGCGUACAGCCAUUGAUUUUCGGGAAACAUGUAUCCGGGCAGAACUGCAGCUUACCGGGGGCGACGUGGACGAGUUUCCAGCUGUCAUUAAAGAAAACGGCAGAGAAAUAUUGAAUGCACAAGAUACAGAGCUAGUGCAGAUUUGUGAGAAUGAUGCAAAAGAUGAUUUUGUUUCGGUAUUUCCGGCGGAAGAGCAAAAUAGUCAAACGACUGUAAUUGAGCCUUUGUCCCUUGCAGCGGGACAGCAAGUGAACCUGACAAUACGUCCAUCGGCUGCAGAUCCAAAUAGCAUUGCAUUGGGUGCACAGAUUUAUGAGGAUCUUCUGAAUGAAUAUAGGGGCAAGGAUAAACUUCCCCGUCCACGACAAAGAAAGGCAACGAACCAAAGGCCAAACGCAGCAAGAAAUCGGAAACGAAAACCUCGGGAACCAAAACCGAAGCGUCCCAAACGCACAAAAGAGGAAAAAAAUCGCAUACGUCGUGAACAGAUCAGAGCCAUGCCACUAAAUCAUGUGUGCGAUCAGUGCGGCGCCUCUUUUCGAGUGAGAUGUAAUCUAACGAUACACAUGCUGCGUCAUACGCGGACGAAAAACUAUCCGUGCUCCGAGUGCCCUAAGAAAUUUUACGAUGCCUAUAUGCGAAAUAUUCACAUACGAGUGAGGCACAGAGGAGAGCUGCCAUUUGAAUGCAAUUAUUGUCGAAAAGCAUUUGGUUCAUCUAACACGCGAUAUCUGCACGAAAAAAAGGUUCAUGGAGCAUCUCCACGUAUUCACAGGAAUGUGAAUCGCUUGAACAAAAGAAUUGAAUUGUCAGAUGAGCAACAGGAGAAGCAGACGCCGAAUGAGCAGGACCAAAAGGAAAUUGUUCGGCACUUUUGUUCGUAUUGCGAUAAAAGCUAUGCGACCAAAUAUGCACUCAAUUGGCAUAACAAUCUGCACAUCGGGGCCAAGCCCUUCAAAUGCAAAUUUUGCGAUAUGAGCUUUGCAGAUCCCCAAUCGAAAAAGAAGCACGAAAUGAAGCACGAUAGUAAACGUCCGUUUGAGUGCGACAUUUGUCUGAAGGGCUUCUAUGUACGCAGCAAGCUAAAGGAACAUGAACGCAUUCACACGGGGGAACGUCCCUAUAGGUGUGACGUCUGCAACGCUUUCUUUCGAUAUAAAUUCAAUUUAUAUUCGCAUCAGUUUAGCAAAAUGCAUAAGGAAAACCUGCAAAAGCUGACAAAAAUUGAAAUCGUCGAUGAUUCAAAUUAAACUAAGAAUCUA